AUGCCAUCAAUUCUCCCUCAUAAGCAUCACGACGAAAUCGAAGAAACUGGUUUCACCGUAGUUCGUAACUUCCUCUCCCCAGAAGAGAUCACCAAAUACACCGCCGCCGCAGAACGUUUAAUCCAAUAUGCCCGUGACGGCCACUGGUCCCAAGUCAGAACCCGUGGCAAACAGUUCCCUCCUUGGCCAACCACUCCAGGCUUCAUUCCUGACAUCUGGGGAGUUUCGGGCCUUCUUCACCCUGAUUUAGGAAACAUGAGUUAUCCAUUCCAUGAUUUAUAUUCUGAUGACAAGAUGUUGAAUCUCGUUAGUGAUAUUUUACAGAUUGAAAAACUGGAAAUCUCGAUGGAAUUGUUAAAUAUGUUGAUUAACCCUUUAAGUGAUUUCGAAUUGGAUUGGCAUCGUGAUACUAUCAAGCCAAGUGUGACUCCAGAAGAAGAAGCCCAGGAAUUGUUGAUGAAUCCAUAUGCUGGUGCUCAGUUCAAUUUGGCUUUGACUGAGGAUAAGUGUCUCAUUGUUAUUCCCGGGUCACAUAAACGAGUUAGAACCGCUGAGGAACGGGAAAAGACCGUAGACGAAUCGAGGAGGACGGAAUAUAUUAGUGGUGAGAUUGUUGUUGAAUUACAUCCCGGUGAUAUUGUGUUUUAUAAUAAUAAUAUCUUACAUCGUGCAGCAUAUCAGGCUAAGAAUAAGAGAAUUACUAUUCAUGGAUCUUAUGGAAAUGUUGAAUUGGGGAAAGUUAGAGCAAAGGGGAUUCUUCAGCAUGGUGUUGGCGAAUGGUUAGGUAGAUUCGAACCAAGGAAUGAGAAUUUGAAGAUGUUGGCUGAGAAGUUGGGUGCAUUGGCUGAACAAUUUAAGGGUGUUGAUCUUGGAUAUGCCUUGGAUGGGUAG